AUGCUUCACGCACAACCUCCACCUUCUGCAAACAUCAUUUCGAUUCUCUCAUGGUCAUUGGCCUUGGUUCGUUCUACAACUCCAAUUGUGGCUGUUUUAUUCCAUGGGAAGAUCAAGUAUAUUAUGUCGCGCCUCUUGUAUCGACCCAUAUAUAAAUCUCUACCGCGGCCGACAGGAGAGAGUAUGUUUGCUGGACUUGGGGUAGAAGCUCCUAUCUUGGAAUUUGACACUCCAGAUGACGCCGAAUUGAAUGGUCCAGUUCGCGGUGGAGAAGAAGAUACUCUACGAGCCCUUGAAGGAUUGCCCCCUUUAGAAAGAACAGAAUCUCGAUCUCGGCGCCAUACUAAUGCCUCGAUGAGCGUUGAUGAGGAUGAGGAUGCGCGACCAACACUAAUUAGCUUCGAUGUUGAUUCUACAUCUACACCAGCCGAACCGACUUUUGGUCUUGGAACAUGGUCGGCAGAGUUACGGAGUGCAAGCGAUCCCAACCAAUCGAAAGACAUCAAAUAUCGCAAAACCGGGCUUACUAUGCUUCCAACCAUACUUGCCGCAGAAGGGUUUAGAGAAUUGGCUGCUUCUAUUCUUAUAACACCGCUUGAAGCCUUAAUGAUACGAUUCAUUGGUAGGGCAUACGGGAACAGAGUUGGUAUCGAUUUGGCGGAUUUCUAUGAAAUAGGUUUCCAAAUGCCUAGCUUGAAGCAUCUGGUCGCUUCGUGGGCUUUUCAGUUUAUAGCAACAGGACUUGUCUGGAGCGGAUUUACCUUGGCUAUUGAGUAUAUUGCAAACAGAAAGAAGAAGAUAGCGCAGGGUAAACCAGCUGCUCUCGAGAGCGACUCUGACUGA